AUGUCAGGAUUGGGCGUAGUAUCGCUCAUUCUUGUCCCGUUUACUGGCAUACUGGUGCGCUAUAGAGCCAUCUAUCACCCUACAGAAGACGCGAACGAGACACCGACAUUCUGGGGUAUCGCGAAGAAAGUGUAUCAAAAGCAGGGUUUAAAUGGACUUGGUUCUGGCUUGGGGCCUACACUUCUCAGCGUCUUCCUUGCUCGCUUAUGGCCUUACCCUCUUCCACCAAAACUCUACAUAUCGCCAUCGCCAGCAACUAUUAACUACUCCCUGAUAUCAGCACUCAUGGGAACCCUUUACUACGUCUUUGUUCUUGUCCUGGUGUACAGAUCUAUCGCCGCCACGCGUCAACUCGAUUUACUCAAGCCCAAAGAGUCCCUCCAUUAUCUUCUCAGCGAUUACGAGCGCAAGAAACCCUGGGCUAUCUAUCAGAUCCCUGGUCUUCUUCCCGCUCUAAUCAUCAAUGUAUUUAUCAAUAUUCAAGUCAUACGGCCUCUUCACUACUUAAUAUUUCCUAUCAACCUUCCUGAGGAUAUCAGUAUUACCGAAACAUGCUUGAGGACGACCUGUAUCCUCUUGACCGCUGCUCUAGGAGCCGCAGUACUUACACCUCUGGAAGUUAUCGCAACUAGGCUCGCGCUUCAGAGGAGUUACGGCCCUGGGAACUCUGAAGAGACUCGGGACGUUCCGCUGGAAGGGCCUGGAGACGCGAAAGCUUCAGAUUCUCUCGCGCCUGACAACGUUAUUAUCGGGCUGAGACUACGCGACGAAGACAAGCCCUAUUCCAAUCUCCUUGAUUGUGCUAAAAUGAUCGUACAAGAGGAAGGAUGGCGUGCUUUGUACAGAGGAUGGUUCAUCACGUUCCUGGGUGUAUUAUAUGUAUGA